AGACAAAUAUUAUGAAACGAAUAAAAUAUAUUGAACACGUAAAAGAAUGACUUUAUUGUAGUGGCUAGUGGGAAACCACGAUCUAAGAGGACUUCAAUAAAGUCCAGUUUGGUCUGUGAGGCCUCAGAGUUGUAGCAGCUUCUUGUUCCACUUGCCACCUCAUUCUCACCCUCUUCACUUGCAAUACAGAAAUCCCAAAAAAAAAUUUAAAAAGCUCAAGAAAAUUUACAGUUUCUACAACUCCAAAAUGGGCUUGCUCAGAAUUUUUUCUUCUACCUUACUUUUACUUUUCUUGCUUUCCUGCUUCACCUUCUACUCAACAGAUGCCUUUGAUCCACUUGAUCCAAAUGGAAACAUUACUAUAAAAUGGGAUGUGAUCAACUGGACACCUGAUGGAUAUGUGGCUGUGGUGACAAUGUACAACUUUCAACAAUAUAGACACAUCCAAGUACCAGGCUGGACUUUGGGCUGGACGUGGGCAAAGAAGGAAGUCAUAUGGUCCAUGAUGGGAGGUCAGACGACGGAGCAGGGAGAUUGUUCAAAGUUUAAAGGAAAUAUUCCACAUUGCUGCAAGAAAAAUCCAACAGUCGUUGACAUGAUGCCUGGAACUCCUUACAACCAACAGAUUGCAAAUUGCUGCAAGGGAGGAGUGAUCAACUCAUGGGGACAAGAUCCGGCCACUGCUGUUAGCUCAUUCCAAGUUAGUGUUGGUGCUGCUGGAACGACCAAUAAGACAGUGAGAGUACCUAAGAACUUCACAUUAAGGGCCCCAGGGCCCGGUUAUACUUGUGGUCCAGCUAAAAUCGUAAAACCCACUAAGUUCGUCUCUGCAGAUGGGAGAAGAGUUACGCAGGCUAUGAUGACUUGGAAUGUCACGUGCACUUUUUCCCAGUUCCUAGCUCAGAAAACUCCUACAUGUUGUGUAUCCCUCUCAUCCUUCUACAAUGACACGAUUGUGCCUUGCCCGACGUGCACUUGUGGUUGUCAAAGUAAUGGCACUCAGCGUGGGAGUUGCAUAGAUCCAGAAACACCACACUUAGCUUCAGUUGUAUCAGACCAUGGGAAGACCAACUAUGUUCCUUUGGUGCAAUGCACAAGUCACAUGUGCCCAAUUAGAAUCCAUUGGCAUGUAAAACUCAAUUACAAGGAAUAUUGGAGAGUGAAGAUCACUAUAACAAACUUCAAUUACCGGAUGAAUUACACACAGUGGAACUUAGUUGUCCAACAUCCAAACUUUGACAACCUCACUACGUUAUUCAGCUUUAAUUACAAGUCACUAAAUCCUUAUGGAUCAAUCAAUGACACUGCUAUGCUAUGGGGGGUAAAAUUCUACAAUGAUCUACUCAUGCAAGCAGGUCCUUCAGGAAAUGUCCAGUCAGAGUUACUAUUCCGGAAGGAUGCAUCAACUUUCACUUUUGAGAAGGGCUGGGCUUUUCCUCACAGAAUUUAUUUCAAUGGCGAUAACUGUGUGAUGCCUCCUCCUGAUGCAUAUCCAUACUUGCCAAAUGCUGGUCCACAAUGGGAGGUCUCUCUGAUUAAAUUAGUGGUGACACUGAUGUCUUCGAUGGCUGUUGUCCUUGUAUACAUUUAAAAACCUAUCAUUCUUGUAUAGUUUACAGUAUAUAUGUUUCAGUUGGUAAUCUUUGGGACACUCGUGUUAUUGCCAAGAUUGGCGUGUGAGUUGGAGUGGCUGAGCAAUGCUGACGCAUUCUGAUUGAUCUGCAUAUAUUAAGUUGGAGUGGCUGAGCAAUGCUGAUGCAUUCUGAUUGGUCUGCAUAUGUUAACUUCAUCCUAAAAGGACUGCUACCAUAGUUUCCUUUUGCCGUUGUGUCUUAUGGUUUUUGUAUUUUGUAGGUUUGUCAAGUCCAUACUGUUUCUACAUUGUAUAAAAGAUACUUUGCAGCAGGACUUGCAUUUUGUUCAAUCAACUCUUUGCUUUCGAUC